AAUCCAAUCCAAAGAUGCAAUUUGGACGACACAAAUCCGGAGGAUAUCUAUAUGAUAUGUAUCCUUUAGAUAACAUAUUUUGGCCUAAUUCUUCAAAAUAUGAGGAGCUGCAGUCCUUUAAUCAAGAUGAGUGCCAGAACUCUUGUUUGCAUGGUCGUAAUUGUGUAGUUGCAACACAAAAAUCAGAAACCUGUUAUGAAAAGAAGUUGCCGGUUUCUAAGGGAAGGAGGGAACAAGUUAAUGGAAAGGCUUUUGUUAAAGUGUUGAAAUCUAUUAUCCCAUCUGGGGAUUUCCCAUAUUCACCACCAGAAAGGGGAAAUGAGAAGAAAGAUAUGUCAGCAUUGCUCAUCUUGGGAUCAAUUCUACUUAGCACCUCUGCCUUUUUUAACUUUGCUUUUUUGGCAUCCCUCAUUGCUUUAUAUGUACACCGUAGAAGACUAAAACGCGCUGGUUCAUCAAGCAUACCGGAGAUAAAUUUGAGAAAUUUCACUUUCCGAGAGCUUAAGUUAGCAACAGAUAGUUUCAAGCUAGAACUUGGGAGAGGUGCUUUCGGCACAGUUUAUAAAGGAGAGUUUUCGUCUUCAAAGUCAAGAACUAUUCUAGCAGUCAAGAAACUAGACAGGCUAGCAAAUAAUGGUGAGAAGGAAUUCAAAACAGAAGCCAGUGUAAUAGCCAGGACUCAUCAUAAGAAUUUGGUAAGAUUGGUUGGAUUCUGUGAUGAAGGACCAGAAAGGAAGAUUUUGGUCUAUGAGUUUAUGAGCCACGACUCCUUGGCGGACUUCCUUUUAGGUCAGUCAAGGAAAGAAUGGAAGAAAAGAAUCAGAAUUGCAUAUGGGGUUGCAAGGGGGAUCUUGUAUUUGCACGAGGAAUGCAACAUGCAGAUCAUCCAUUGUGAUAUAAAGCCUCAAAACAUCCUGCUGGAUGAUUCAUUUGAAGCAAGGAUUUCUGAUUUUGGAUUGGCAAAACUGUUGAUGAAGGAUCAAACUCGGACUCUGACAGGGAUUAGAGGGACCAAAGGCUAUGUUGCACCAGAAUGGUUCAGGAACACAACUGUCACUGCCAAAGUAGAUAUUUAUAGCUGUGGCAUUGUUUUGCUAGAAACUAUUUGUUGCAGAAAGUAUAUGGACACUAAUACUACUAAUCGAGUGGGUAUAUGACUGUUUCCACUCGAGAAUGCUAGAUAAGCUAGUACAAGAUGAUGAAGAGGCACUAAGCGACAAGGAGGAGUUAGAGAAACUAGUAAAAGUGGCAAUUUGGUGCAUUCAAGAGGAUCCGAAUAUCAGGCCCACCAUGAGAAGGCUAAUACAUAUGUUGGAAGGGGUAGUUCAAAUUUCUCUGUCUCCACUUCCUUCUUAUACCAGUUCAAUUUUCUGAUUGAAACAUAUAACUUAAUAAAAUUGUAAUAGCAAUCCCCUUUAGUAUUCUUGUAGCUUUAGUAUGCUUCCUGUUGUUUCAUUAAUUGAGAUAGCCAAUAAAUUGUCGGAGGUUCCUCAAUAACUUCAUAUGUA